AUGGCUAAAUCAAAAAUCUACUACACGCCCAGCGACAUCACUAACACAAAAACCCUGCACGAUAACGCCGCCACGGUGCAAUUCCUCACCUCGGAGCUCACCGAGAGCGCAAAGGUUGCCGCUCUUGUGGCCACUGAGAGCUGGCAGCGACUGGUCGAAUGUGUCGCCCACACCCGGGGCCUCGACAACAAGGAAACCAAGGCGUUUGUCGAAAAGUGGAGCCCCGACAACGUGGACAUCACUCUCAGCGAGGAAUUGUCCAACGGCAAGCGGUUCCGAGAUGAGGUGGAGCUCACCCCCACCGGCCGUAUCAAGAAGAAGCGUGUGGUGGACCCCAACAUGCCCAAGAAGCCCAUGACCGUCUUCCUGGCCUUCUCCACCAAAAAGCGGGCCGAGAUUCGAGCCGCUCGACUGGCCCGAGGCGAGCCACCUCUCCAGAACUCGGAGAUGGCCAACGAGGUGGCCGAACUCUGGGGAAAGCUGUCUGACGCUGAGAAGGAACCUUACCAGAUUGAGUACCAGAAGAAGCUGAUCGACUACCAGAGCCGAAAGAACAAGUACAUUGAGAGUAAGGCUGCCAACGUGGCGGCCGCUGCCCUGGCCGAGGAGGUCGAGGAGGCCGAGGAAGAGGCCGAGGAAGAGGCCGUUGAGGAAGCCGUUGAGGAGGAAGAGGAGGAGGAGGAAGAUGAGGAGGAGGAGGAGGAGGAAGAGGAGCCCGAACCCAUCAAGUCUCCCAAGAAGAACAAGAAGUCCAAGGACAAGAAGAACAGACGCUCCUCCAAGUCUAGCAAGGAGUAG